AUGACAUGGGACUGGGCAAACAGUUUCGUUUGGUUCUGUUAUAGGAAUGUAUUGGAACAUCGUCAUAUCUGGAACUUGGCCUCAUUCGAUACGGCCGACUACUUAACCAAGAAGCUUGGUGAACAAUGGGAGAAGGAGAAGGUCAAGCCAAAACCAUCAUAUCAAUCUGCAGCAAUUCGUGCGUUUGGACCUUACUUCACAGUGAGUUGGAUAUUCUAUGCUAUUUAUGCUGCGUCGCAGUUUGUUGGACCUGAGCUGUUGAAGCGUAUGGUCAACUUUGUCGUUGAAUCACGUGUUGGUAAGCCUGGACUCGAUCCAAACAUGGGCUACUAUUACUCCAUCUCAAUGUUUGGAGCUGCCAUGAUUGGUUCAUUCUGUUUAUAUCAAGCCAACAUGAUAUCUGCAAGAGUUGGAGACUAUAUGAGAUCUGUUAUCGUCUGUGAUGUAUAUAAGAAGUCGUUGAAGCUGAGUAACUCAUCUCGUGCCAAGACGUCACCAGGCCAGAUCGUCAAUCUGAUGAGUAACGAUGCUCAGAGAAUGACUGAGGUGUUCCUGCUGAUCAACAAUGGUGUGUUUGCACCGUUCCAGAUCAUUGCCUGUGUCAUCCUGCUCUACUUCUCUAUUGGUUGGCCGACAUUCAUUGGCUUUGCCUUCAUGAUCAUCACCUUCCCACUCAAUGGUAUUGCCGCCAAGCGAUUGGUUGGUAUUCGUCGUGCACUGGUCAGAUACACAGACGGUCGUGUCAAGGCCACCAACGAGAUCCUUCAAGCGAUCAAAGUGAUCAAGCUCUAUGCCUGGGAGGACAGCUUUGCCAAGCGUGUCAUGGACCGACGUGCCGCUGAGGUCGCCAAGUUGUUAUCAUUCUCUCACAUUAGAGCUGGACUGAUCUUCUUCGUCUCAUCACUCCCAACAAUUGUAUCUAUUCUUGUCUUCACGACAUACUUCAAGACCAAGGACUCGACAAAUGCUGGUGAUAUCUUUGCCGCAGUGGCAUACAUCAACAUCUUGCGUAUGCCCCUGGCAUUCCUUCCAAUCAUCGUCGCCUUUGGUGUCCAGCUUCAGAUCGCCGCGCAGAGAGUAACCGAAUUCCUGCUGCUCCCAGAGAUGGAGGAGAAUGUUCAAUCAGAUGCUAACGAUGGCAAGCCCAAUGGUGUUCACUUGGAGGGCGCCAGCUUCUCCUGGAACAACGAAAAGGAGGAGUCAUUCAAACUUCACAACAUCAACCUCAGUGUCUCGGGCAAGAGCUUGACCGUCGUGGUCGGCUCAGUCGGCAGUGGCAAGUCCUCACUCAUCCAAGCCGUCCUCGGUGAGAUGGAGAGGACCGCGGGCACUCAGCACAUCAAGGGCAGGAUCGCCUACGUCGCCCAGCAAGCCUGGAUCAUCAACGCAUCACUCAAGAACAACAUCCUCUUUGGUCAACCAUACGAUGAGGAGCGUUACAACCGCGUCAUCGAAGUGUGCGCACUCCAGCGCGACAUUGAGUUGUUCCCACAGGGCGACGACGUGGAGAUUGGAGAGCGUGGAGUCAACCUGUCUGGAGGACAGAAGCAGCGUGUGUCCAUCGCCAGAGCUGUCUACAACGACGCCGACAUCUACAUCCUGGACGACCCAUUGUCAGCCGUCGACACUCACGUCAGCAAGCAUCUGUUCCAUAAGUGCAUCAACGGAAUGCUCAAGGAAAAGACCGUCAUUCUCGCAGCAAACCAGCUGCAGUACCUGCCAUACGCCGACGAAGUGUUGGUGAUGAAGGACGGCUCCAUCGCCGAGCGCGGCACCUACACCCAGAUCAUGGAGUCCAAGCAAGCUUUCUCCAAACAACUUGAGGAGUACGGCAUUGAGGACGCCAGCAGCAGCGACGCUGGUGAGGAUGGCGUCGAGGAGGAGAUCAUCAUCGAGGAGAAGACCAAGCCCAAGGAGAAGGUCGAGCUCAAGAACAAGGACGGCACACUCGUGCAGCAAGAGGAGCGUGAGGAGGGCGCCGUGUCCAUCUGGAUGUAUAUCAAGUACUUCACGGCUGGCGGUGGUGGUCUGUUCUCUAUGGUCUUUGUUGGCUUCCUUCUGGACAUUGGCUCGUCGACAGUGCUCAACUGGUGGCUGUCAAAGUGGUCGGACGACACAAGAAUCCCAGGCAAGGCAUCACUCACAAAUGAUCAGUAUCUGUACAUCUUUAUCGGCAUUGGAUUGUUCUCUGUCAUUGUGGCCGGUCUGCGUAACUUUGCCUACUUCACAUACACUGUGCGCGCUGGCAAGGCACUGCACGAGCAGUUGUUCAACUCCCUGCUUCGCGCACCAAUGUGGUUCUUUGACACGACACCAAUGGGUCGCAUUCUCAAUCGAUUCACUCGCGACAUGGACAGUGUGGACAGUCUUAUCGCCCCAUCACUCUCGCAGUACAUCAACUUCUUCUUGUCUGUUGUGGCGACUAUCAUCAUCAUUGCCAUCUUCAUUCCAUUCUUGCUCAUUCCCAUGGCACCAAUCAUGGUUAUCUUUUACAUCUUGCAGAACUUCUACCGUCACACCUCUCGUGAGCUGCAGCGUCUCGAGUCGAUCAGUCGUUCGCCAAUCUUUGCUCACUUCUCUGAGACUCUCAACGGUGUCGCCACUAUCCGCGCGUACAGGACACAAGACAAGAACGUUCUUCACAACCACAAGCUGUUGGACGCCAACAACCAGGCAUACCUGACCCUGCAAGCAAUGCAACAAUGGCUUGGACUGCGUCUCGAUCUGCUGGGCAACUUGGUCAUCUUCUUCACAGCCCUCUUUGUAACACUGGACAAGAGCACACUGGCCAUUGGUAGCGUUGGUCUUGCACUAUCAUACUCAUUGUCAGUCACCAACAACUUGAACAAGGCCACACUUCAGGCGGCCAUGACCGAGACCAAGAUGAACAGUGUCGAGAGAAUCGUCCACUACACCAAGGGUCCAGUCGAAGCCAAGCAGAUCAUCAAGGAGAGCCGUCCAUCCGCCGACUGGCCACAGCACGGAGGCAUCACCUUUGACAACCUGGUAAUGAGAUACCGUGAGGGAUUGGACCCAGUGCUCAAGGGAAUCAGCUGCGAGAUCAAGCCAAAGGAGAAGAUUGGUAUUGUUGGCAGGACUGGCGCUGGCAAGAGUUCAAUCGUGCUGGCACUUUUCCGUUUGAUCGAGGCUUCCGAGGGAAGAAUCUUGAUCGAUGGCAAAGACAUCUCAAUCUACGGUCUCAAGGACUUGAGGCGCAACCUCUCAAUCAUUCCACAAGAUCCAGUCCUGUUCAGUGGCACACUGCGCGAGAACUUAGACCCAUUCAAUGAGUACACUGACGAUGAUCUCUGGGAUCUGUUGGAGAACAUCCAACUGCACCCCGUAGUCAAGGCCAUGGAGGGCGGUCUGCAGUGCAAGGUCACUGAGAAUGGUGACAAUUGGUCCGUUGGUCAACGCCAGCUCAUCUGUCUUGGUCGUGCGCUGCUGAGAAAGCCAAAGAUCUUGGUGCUGGACGAGGCCACUGCCAGUGUCGACUCCAACACCGAUGCGCUGAUCCAACAGACUGUGCGUGCCAAGUUCUCCGACUGCACCAUUCUUACAAUUGCUCAUCGUCUCAACACAAUCAUGGACUCCAACCGUAUCAUGGUCCUGGAUGCAGGUCGCAUCUCCGAGUUUGAUACACCACAUAACCUUCUCCAGAAGACCGAUGGCCUACUGUCGUGGCUGGUUGACGAGACCGGUCCACAGAACUCCCAAGUGCUCAGAAGACUUGCCAAGGAGGGUGUAUAUGGUUCCUUGCCCGAAGAGGACAUGGCCUUGAGCAAGAAGGGUAAAGCAGGAAUGAACAAGAGUAAUGGAGGUGUUAUUGUAAUACCAGAGGUUCAAUUGACACCCAUAGUCUCAACAGAGGACAACAACAACAACAACAACAACAACAACAACCAAACUACGCCACAAACUGGUGGAGCUGAAGACAUCGACACGUCUUCAUCGUCCUCCACUCCGACAUCGACAUCAUCAUCAUCGACUUCCACAAGCAAUGAUGAGCCACAACUCUAG